GGGCCACGAAUCACCGCCGGCCUGCCUGCCAUUUGCGACAGGCCGUGCCAUGGCGUCAUUGAAUCCGCGCGACUCGGCGCCGCCUAGUGGAUAUGGCCCUGCCAUCGAGCCGUAGGGCAUCGUUCAAGGCGACCCUAAUCCGGCGGGCUAUCCACCCAUUACACCCCGGCCAUGCCUGCCUUAUUACAUAUUCACUAACCGCCAGCGACUGACUGUCCUCUUCUUCUACUCUCUUCGUCCGCCGCCUAUUGCUUUUAGCAGGAAUCAACCACGUACGCGGCGCUCUCCUCCUACCUUUGUAACAGAGCCGGCAGAGUAGGCACUACCUAGGUGUAUAUAUACAGCCCCGCCACAACCACCACCACCUUAUCGCUCCGGACGCCUCAGGCCUCCUCCUUCGAUGGCCGCGACACCGCCGGCUACCGCAGACGCUCCCCAGGUCCAGCGUCCCGUCGCGUACGAAAAAGGCACCCCGCUCUCUGCCAUCCUCCCUCCGCUCAUCUUCGGCACGGCAACCUUCAACCACCAGUACAAUGACGAUCCGUAUGCGCUCGACACCACAGGCCUGGUCUCGGACGCCCUAACCCACGGCAUCCGCGCCUUCGACACCUCGCCCUACUACGGGCCCUCGGAAACCCUCCUCGGCGCCGCCCUCGCCACGCCCUUUGUGCGCACCACCUUCCCGCGCUCCUCGUACUUCAUCCUCACAAAAGUCGGCCGCAUCGCCGAAGCCCACUUCGACUACUCGCCCGCCUGGGUCGCGCAGAGCAUCGCCCGCAGCCUCGCGCGCCUGCACACCUCCUACCUCGACGUCGUCUACUGUCACGACGUCGAGUUCGUCUCCCCCGCCGCCGUCCUCGGCGCCGUGCGCGAACUCCGCCGCAUCCGCGACGAAGAAGGCACGCUGCGCUACGUCGGCAUCUCGGGCUACCCGCUCGACGUCCUCGGAUCCCUUGCCGAGCUGGUCCUGCGCGAAACCGGCGAGCCCCUCGACGCCGUCAUGUCCUACGCCAACUUCACGCUGCAGAACGAGGCGCUCGCCGGCCCCAAGGGCAUCCAGCGCCUGCGCAACGCGGGCGUGGACGUCGUGCCGAACGCGAGCCCCCUCGGCAUGGGCCUGCUGCGCCGCCAGGGCGUGCCCGUCGGCGCUCUGGGCGACUUCCACCCGGCGUCGCGCGCGCUGCGCCAGGCCGUGCGGCAGGCGAGCGACUUCUGCGACGCGCAUGGCGAGAAGCUCGAGGUCAUCGCCAUCAGGUAUGCGCUCGAGACGUGGCUCGCAAGGGGCGCGAGCGUGGGGAGUCGCGGGGACCCGGCGUCCGGGGUGCCGUGGCAGCAGGAGAGCAAUGAGGCGGUCGGUGGGACGAAGCUGGGGGUCAGCGUGAUUGGGGUGAGCCGCGCGCCGGAGCUGGAGAAGACGAUGCUGGUGUGGCGGAGUAUUUUGGAUGGGUUGGAGGGGGGGAGGGAGACGGCGAUUAGGGCGGGCAGGUGGAGUAGGGCGUAUGAGUGGGCGCAGAAUCGGAAAAGGGCGGUGCAAAUAUUGAGCGAGGGCGUGCAGGAGGUGUUGGGGGAGUGGGUAGGGUAUACGUGGGAGAGUCCGCCGGAGGAGAAGGGGAGUAAAGGGGAGAAAGAGAAGGAAGGGGGCCAGGGGAGGGUGGAAGCGCCGUGGCCAACGCCGGAUGCGAGUCCGGAGCCAGAGGUCAGUAUUCCGCUGAGGUAG